AUGGCGGAAGAACUUAGGAAGUUGUUUGUCGCUCGUCUUCCUUGGACGGCUUGUAGAGUUGCGUUGAGUGAGUACUUCAGUAAGUUUGGAAAAAUUGAACGAACUCAAGUUAUAUUUGAUCGAAACACUGGCAGAUCCAAAAGGUUUGGUUUUGUCAUCUUUAAAAAUGAAGACAGUGUCAUUAAAACAAUGGAGGAAUCUCACCAUGUGCUUCAUGAUACUGAGAUAUUUGUGAAGCCCCACACACCACCAAAGAUGGCAACACAUGACGCAAACAAAAAUGUUUUUGAUGUCGUUAUGAAUACAGAACAGAAAUAAGAGUAAUCUUCUUGACGUAGACGAUAUGAGGAGGUGAUUGUGAAACGUAAGCUGUACCUUUAUCAAUAACAUAGUUUAUCCGAAGCUGUUGUUUUAUGUGACGUUUAUGGUUAUUGUAUUUAAAUCUUGCAUUAUUUUACCAAAUACCCUUUUGCGUCAUCAAAAUUUUAACUACACCCAUUCGAUAAAAUUAUUAUGCACACACAACAAUGUAACUAGCAAUCACAACAGUUUAAUAAAUUUAACAAUUCUGCGCUUCUGAAA